UUGGCCCUGGAGACAAUCGGGGAGAAUGAUCCUCGGGUCAAGAAGCUUCAGGAGAUCGCCUGGGGAUUGCAGAGCGUGACGAACCGGCCCGGGAAUCGACUCCCGGAGGACGCCAAGCGCGCGGCUUACCGCGUCACCAGCAGGGCGAUCGCUUUGUGCACGAAUGCGGAGUAUGUGGAAGUUGAUGACUUCGUGAAGCGCGCUGCUGCCCUCACAAAGGAGAUUGAGGACAAAAAGAAAGAGCUGCAGGAACUCGAGGAGGCCAUCAAGGCGGAUCUGAGUGGAAAAUGCUACCGGGCCACAGGCGAUGGAGGAAUUCCGGUCCAUCCACACCAGGCCCAGAAACCGCCGAAGUCGACAUAUCAGGGCCACCAGUUGCCUCCGCAGCUGCCGCAGGGCCUGAUCGAAUCGUCCUGGGACUCCGCAACUUGGAAUUCCGACCUUCCAAGAAGUGUGCCCCGGGCGCCGAAUCGGAUUCUGCAUGAAAGACAUCUCAAGACUAUGAACAAGUUCAAGAAGGAUGUGGAGCGAUAUCCAGGCGUCUUCGCUGACAUCGUCACAAAGCGGAGGCAGACGAGUGAGGCCCAGAAACCGCCGAAGUCGACAUAUCAGGGCCACCAGUUGCCUCCGCAGCUGCCGCAGGGCCUGAUCGAAUCGUCCUGGGACUCCGCAACUUGGAAUUCCGACCUUCCAAGAAGUGUGCCCCGGGCGCCGAAUCGGAUUCUGCAUGAAAGACAUCUCAAGACUAUGAACAAGUUCAAGAAGGAUGUGGAGCGAUAUCCAGGCGUCUUCGCUGACAUCGUCACAAAGCGGAGGCAGACGAGUGAGGACUAG